CCUUCGCUUUGCAGAGAAGCAGAACACUCGGACGUGGUUUGGUUACAGGGAAGUAGAUACCGUAGAUAUUAGACCGAGAUAAACCGAAAAGCCAAUUGACAUAUUCCGUCCAGAGAAAAACGUACACGCCGGCUCCCGCCGAGAGCAGGUUCAAUUACCAGCCGCUAAAGCGGUUUUUCACAUACUUACCUGAGGCUCCGCAAACAGCAAAGUACGGGCAAUGUAUCAGCGAUGAGAGGUGUUUACAAAAAAAACAGACUAGCGACGUGAUUUGCUUGUAAUUAACAUUUUAGUCCUGUGCACAUCACAAGCAAAAGGGAAAGAAAAUAUUUCUUUGAGAUCUUAAAGAAACAACCAUUUAGCUCAGUACAAAAUUACAGUCGGACCAUAGCAAUCUAUCCCCUUUCAUCUAAUUCACCUCGCAAAUUAAAGAAAAUUGUUAAUGUAUACGUUGAUCUUCUGCUGCUGCUGCUACUACUACUACUAAGGAGCAUUUUUAGGACUCGGCGUGCUCUCGUCUAGUUUACGUGUUGUGCACAACAUUCGGGAACACAGAAACUCAAUCGACGAGGAUAUAAAUGUGAGUUUGCCAUUACUGACCUAAGACAAGGAAUUUAAAAAGUGCUGCGGUGGCAGAAAUUCCUCGCCAGCCCACUCCAGACUCCCCACCCCCUUUCAGAUCAGCAGUAUCCACAUUGCACAGCUGUUUGUACUAAAGACUAAUUGACACCACCAAAGUGCUUUGUGUUGCCUGAAGACGGCAAAAAGAUAGUUUUGUCCGAAUUAUUCUGGGGGGGAACUACUGCAUUCCGAUAAUGUCGUGCGUGAUAAAUCUAUCAUAUUAAAAACUCCAAAUACACAGCAGCCUAAAAACACUUUGAAAUAACGAGGUCAAUUCCAAGCAUUUUGCGCAUUUAUUUUUAUGGAUGGUUAGGUCGCGUCUUCAGAAAACGCUGGCUGUAGACGAAUGAAUUCAGAUUGCCAUAUUUUCUUUCUCUCUGGGGAGUCCACUGUCAUUUUCCACACAUCGUUCAAUCGGGGGCGGUCAAAAAAUAAUGAGUAUUGUGCGCAAACCAUGAUCUUCUUUUGCAAACUUUGCAGGCUGCCGUGCUGGCCCGGAGCCCGGGUAUGCGAGCGAAUCACUGCCCCAGAAUCGAGGCAUUCUGAAGGGGCAGAGCUCACGUUUUAAAACCCGCCCUCCGGAGAGAUCUCAUUUCCCCCAAAACCUCCCAUUUUUUCUUUCUCUCUCAUUCCUCUCUUCUUUUCCUCUACGUUUCUUCUCUUUCCUAAGUGUUCCCCCUCCUUACUUCUUAACCAUGGGUCUCAUGGCGAGAUGGUUGUUUCUGCUCUCCGUCUUCCCCGUGUUAUUGGCGAACGAUGCGGACACGGAGGAGCCGAGCUACGAUGUGGAACUCACUGACACUUCAGAUGUGAUCGAUUACAAGGAUCCCUGCAAAGCUGCUGCCUUUCUGGGAGACAUAGCCCUUGAUGAGGAAGACCUCCGCAUGUUCAAGGUGGACCGGAUUGUGGAUAUGACUCGCCACACCAUCACAAAAGUAAAUGACACCACAGGGGCUCCAGCGGACGAAACCAAGGGGGACACCAGGCGGCUGAGGAGGCGGGCGAGGAGGCGGGGCAGGAGGGCGGCGACCUCGAGGCCGGAGAGGGUGUGGCCAGAGGGGGUCAUUCCCUAUGUCAUCAGUGGCAAUUUCAGUGGCAGCCAGCGAGCAAUAUUCCGACAGGCGAUGCGCCACUGGGAGAAACACACAUGCGUGACAUUUAUCGAGAGAACGCUGGAGGAGAGCUACAUAGUCUUCACCUACCGCCCGUGUGGAUGCUGCUCCUAUGUGGGCAGGAGAGGGGGUGGCCCCCAAGCCAUCUCCAUCGGGAAGAACUGCGACAAGUUUGGCAUCGUGGUGCACGAGCUGGGCCACGUCAUCGGGUUCUGGCACGAGCACACCCGGCCCGAUCGAGACGAGCACGUCAGCAUCAUUCGGGAGAACAUCCAGCCAGGCCAGGAGUAUAACUUCUUGAAGAUGGAGCCGGAGGAAGUGGAUUCCUUAGGAGAAACCUAUGAUUUUGACAGCAUUAUGCACUAUGCCAGGAACACAUUCUCCCGAGGGAUCUUCUUAGACACCAUACUGCCUCGAUACGAUGUGAAUGGAGUGCGGCCUCCCAUUGGUCAGAGGACAAGGCUCAGUAAAGGCGACAUUGCACAGGCACGGAAGCUGUACAAGUGUUCAGCUUGUGGGGACAGCCUGCAGGACAGCAGUGGGAAUUUCUCCUCGCCUGGGUUUCCCAAUGGAUAUGGAGCCUACAUGCACUGCAUCUGGAGGAUAUCCGUCACGCCUGGAGAGAAGAUCAUUCUGAACUUCACCUCUAUGGAUCUGUACCGCAGUCACCUUUGCUGGUAUGACCAUGUGGAGAUUAGAGAUGGUUACUGGCGGAAAGCUCCUUUGAAAGGCCGGUUUUGCGGUGAUAAACUCCCCGAACCCAUCAUCUCCACCGACAGCAGACUCUGGAUUGAGUUCCGCAGCAGUAGCAACUGGGUUGGAAAGGGUUUCUCCGCAGUGUACGAAGCGAUUUGCGGCGGUGAAGUGAAGAGAGACAACGGGCAAAUCCAGUCGCCCAACUACCCCGACGACUACCGGCCCAACAAGGUGUGCGUGUGGAAGAUCACCGUGGCCCAGGGCUUCCAUGUGGGCCUCACCUUCCAGUCGUUCGAGAUCGAGAGGCACGACAGCUGUGCCUACGACUACCUGGAGGUUCGCGAUGGGAACACGGAGAACAGCCCCUUGCUGGGGCGAUUCUGUGGCUACGACAAGCCCGACGACAUCAAGACCAGCUCCAACCAGCUGUGGAUGAAGUUCGUCUCGGACGGCUCUGUCAACAAGGCUGGCUUUGCUGCCAACUUCUUCAAAGAGAUGGACGAGUGCUCGAAGCCCGAUAACGGACGCUGCGAGCAGCGCUGCGUCAACACGCUGGGCAGCUACAAGUGUGCCUGCGAUCCUGGAUACGAGCUGGCCUCUGACAAACGAAGUUGUGAGGCUGCCUGUGGAGGCUUCAUCACCAAACUCAACGGCUCCAUCACCAGCCCAGGCUGGCCCAGGGAAUAUCCUCCCAACAAGAACUGCAUCUGGCAGCUGGUGGCGCCCACACAGUACCGCAUCACCCUGCAGUUUGACGCCUUCGAGACCGAGGGCAACGAUGUGUGUAAGUACGACUACGUCGAGGUGCGCAGUGGACUGUCGGCCGACUCCAAGCUCCAUGGAAAAUUCUGUGGCGCAGAGAAGCCCGAGCCCAUUACUUCUCAGUACAACAACAUGCGCAUUGAGUUCAAGUCGGACAACACUGUCUCCAAAAAGGGCUUCAAGGCACAUUUCUUCUCUGACAAGGACGAGUGCUCCAAGGAGAACGGUGGCUGCCAGCACGAGUGCGUCAACACGUUCGGGAGCUACACCUGCCAGUGCCGCAGCGGGUUCGUGCUCCACGACAACAAGCACGACUGCAAGGAAGCUGGCUGCGACCACAAGGUGACCAGUGUAUCCGGUACCAUAACAAGCCCCAACUGGCCCGACAAGUACCCCAGCAAGAAGGCAUGCACCUGGGCCAUCGCCAUCACUCCAGGGCAUCGCAUCAAAAUCGCUUUCAAUGAGAUUGACAUGGAAGCUCACAUGGAAUGUGCUUAUGACCAUGUGGAAGUCUUCGAUGGGCGAGAUGCCAAGGCGCCCAGCCUCGGACGAUUCUGUGGCACCAAGAAACCCCCUCCAGUCAUCUCCAGCGGAAACAAGAUAUUCAUCAAGUUCUUCUCAGACAACUCGGUGCAGAAGAAGGGAUUUGAGGCUUCCCACACCCCAGAGUGCGGAGGACGUCUGAAGGCAGAAGUCAAGACAAAAGACCUGUAUUCCCACGCCCAGUUCGGGGACAAUAACUACCCUGGAGGCUCUGACUGCCAGUGGGUCAUCUCAGCAGAGAAGGGCUACGGAGUGGAGCUUAUCUUCCAGACCUUCGAGAUUGAAGAGGAGGCCGAUUGUGGAUAUGACUACAUGGAGCUCUUCAAUGGCAACGACAGCAAGGCACCCAGACUGGGGCGUUACUGCGGCUCUGGGCCCCCAGAAGAGAUCUACUCCUCUGGCGACUCGGUCGUCAUCAAGUUCCACUCGGACGACACCAUCAAUAAGAAGGGCUUUCACGUUCGCUACACCAGCACCAAAUUUCAGGACACACUGCACUCUCGGAAGUGACCCCUGAGGGGCCGGGCGGGGCAGAGGGGGAGGCGGAGGGGGUUCGCGGAGAAGCGCCGGCAGGCCAGCCUCCGAAGACCCCUUAGUCGCAAAGCUUAAGACCACGAACAACGACAGCAAACACAACCUAACCUCGGCACACAGAGGCACAGGGGCUCGGCCCCUGACUGUGAGGAUUAAAGCCAUCCGUUAGCAGACCUUGUUUUUACCUUUUUGAAUUUGUUUGAUUUUUUUUAAAUAACGGUUAUGGUGGGGGGAGGGGGGAGAGGGGUAUGUGUUUAAUGGCUAAGAGGACUUCUGGGGAAAUUUCUGACCUUGGAUUUUUUUUUUUAAACCAUGAAGACUUCUCAGGAUCUGUGAAAGAGCAGGGAUCGGAUGAUCGGAUACCUGCCUUUGUCGGACUACCACAUCGCAGGGACGAAGCGGCAGAGAAUCUGCACCCAAUCCUGUUUCUCUGGGAUAGUCCUUGCUUGUCACUCUCUCUUCCUCGUCGUUAAACGGACAAAUAAGUUGAUUGGAUUUGUGCUUUUGACAUACGUUUGUCAGACAGUUCCAUGUGAUCACAGGAACAAGCACGGAACCGUACAGCUGCAGUAUUAGCAUUUGUAAUUAGCAUCGUCCUGGCUUCCAGUCCUGGGUUAUUAUUCAUAAUAAAACAUUUUUAUUACCCUUAAAGAGGCAAAUAAAUAAAAAGAGCAGUUGUCUUAUUAAAGGACUAAUAAGAAAAUGUGGCCCAAGUUUGCUGGUCAUUAAUUGCUUACCUCCCGAAGAGUUUUUAAGUCCGUGUCGACGUUAAGAUCAAAUAUGUUUCAGCAGUUUUAAUUUCAUUACCAGGGGUCUGCUUUGCAAAUCCUCCCUGCCUACAACUGGUCAGGCAUCAGUGGUGAAUGUAAGAUCUUAUCCAGUUUGAAUCAUACUUGAACCAAGACUUCGUCUGUUAUAUAUUGUUUCAUCUUUUUGUUUUUUGUGUGUCUACCUUAUUCUACUGCCUGUAACUGAAUAGUUCUCUCCAGCUAGAACUCUUUUUCUCUGAAAUACUUUACAGGAGUAAAAUCCUUUCCUGGUGGGAUAUGGGCAGUAUGACAUUUUUAUUUAAAUAGGAAUGCUUUGCAUCUUUUUACAUAAUUAAAUGUGAAUCCUAAUUUAAGUCUAGGUCUUAAACCCAGAACUGCAUGCCAGGCCUCUGCUAAUUCUCUUUCCAGGUUGAACAACAAGAUUGCCUUGUGAUAAUCUGCCACCUGGGUUAACAACUGGAUUGAAGGCUUUAACCAGAUAAGCAGUGUCCUGCGUCCCGGUGAUUGUAGGUUCUAAUUCAGUUUGUUUUGCUCACAGGCUGUAGUCAUCCACAGGGGCCAAUAGGACUGUGUGUGUUCUCUGGCAGUCUGGGAAUAUGCCAUGAAACAGUGAAUCCCGAGGCUGGUAUCAGUGGGACCCAGUACAGUUUACACAUUUUCCUAUCCUGUUUCCCAUUUUGGGUUAAAGUUAUGGAUACAAAUUAUAUACUCAAAAGCACAUGCAAGGACAUGUGCAAACCUUUGGCUUUGUUAGAUCAAUGCAAGGAAAUGGCAAUAUGUUGGUAUUAAUUAUAUUUUACAGAAAUGGAAAAGAUUCAUGAUCCAAAACACUAUGAUUCUUUUCAGUUGAACUGCUCAGACAAGUGUGUUAACAGUAUUAAAUAUGUCUGCCUACCUGCUUCAGUGAUACAACUUGGACAGGAUCCUGCAGUUCAUGAAACUCCCGAAUGAAAUAUAUGAUUUUUUUGCCCUGCAACAGGAGUCUUAUCUCUUUCCCUGCUUUUGUCAUUUCUCCUUGCGCGAUGAAAGCAGAAAUUUUGAAACCGAAGCCAGUCUUCCCAUUAUAUUAUAACGUGACAUUAAAAAAAUCAUUUCAAUAUCUCACAAAAGGUACACCCUUUAGAAAUGCAAAUAAAAAAGUAGUAUCCUAUCGAUGGUGAAAAUACAUCUCUAUCCUAAAUACCUGCAAUACUUUUACUACCUGUGAUACUUUUUCUAUAAGGUGGAUCAUUCUGGCGAUUGGCUUUUUAUAUCAGCAAGGUCUAUGAAUUAGUCCUGUGCAUCUGCAUUCAUCAUCAAACACUUUUGCCCUCUGUGCUGCAGAACUUAUUUAAUAUUUUCUUCCUUCCAGGGUGACCUAGUCUGUUGCUACAAGUCUCCCCAUUGACAUGACUUUCAUUGAGUAAAGUCUUCAGCUCGGCCACUUAAACUGUUACUUUCCUUAUAUUUCAAAGCUUCUUUGAGUGAGCUUGCUUUGUUUUACAGAACACUUUAUCAGUCUUUGUGUUGCGUUAUGGAGACAAUAGGAGAGUUUGGUAGGAGAGGGCACAUUCGGUUUUACUUCUAAUCUAAGAGCACAGGUGUUGAGAUGAGAGGUUGCUUUCACAAAGCAACAAAAUGAAAGUUACAUCACAGUUUUGGAUGAAGGGCGCAAACACUUUUCAGACAUUCCAGGGAAUCCUUGAGAUACACAACAGUUAUCCCUUGUUUUGUUGUCAAUUCCUCUGCUUAUUUGGUCGCCUUUAAGAAUAAUUGACAAAGAGAUUCAGAUUAGUAACGCACAAAGAGAAACAAUAUCUUCCACACUCACUAAGUAUAUUACAUAUCCUGAACAUGCAAAUAUUCCAACAUCUUAUCCCAAAUUUUGGAAUGCUAGUCUUCAGAUUUUAGCUUGGACCAUUAGCGUUUUUGUUUUGCUGAGCCAAUCUGGCCAGUUUCCACCUGAAGGGAACAAGACUGGUAUAAACAUCAGGUUCCUUCAUCCAGGAAAACAGUGGUAAGAUAUUUAAACUGCUAUCCAUGUCUGAAAUCCUGCUACAUCCCUUUCUCUCAAGCAAUAGCAAAUUACAACUGUUUGUUUUUUUUACCUCCACAGCCUCUAAGCAGUCAUUUUCAGUCUAAUGUCCACAACAAAACAGGGAACAAAGUAAAAGCACAUGUAACAGUCCAGGGACAAGCUGAUGACAUGACCUGCCCACACAUUAUAAGGCAUGCCUUGUCAUGUCGAUCUAGAUAAGACUAUUUGCCAUUCUAAACCACAGUGUGACUGGGGCAUUUCAGUAAACCACAGAUAUAUUACCAAGGCCUUCACCCCUUUACCUACUAGUAGCAUUUUCCUUGUGGUGAAUUGUAUUUUGUUAUUCAAUAAAUGAUGCUGACUUGUC